UUAUUAGUAACUUUUGUUAAUGUUGGGGACUAUAAUGUAAAUAAAUAAACUUUUAAGAAUUUUUUUGAGAAUUCAUGGUUGGAGUAAUCAACUCUCAAAUCUUUAUUUUGAAGUUUUACUCCCCUUAAAAUAUGUUCUUGGGUUGGAAAUCCUCUUAGUAGAAGAAGUUGUCUAUUUUUUUUUCAACAAUACAAGAAGUUGUCUAAUCGGACUACUACGAAAGUAAAACCUUUUUUUAGUUUUUUUACCAAUUAAUAUUAGAAAGUACAAACCAUUUGACUGAAACUAUGUUACACAUCAAAGAAUCUGUUAAAUACACAUCUCCUCUUCCUAUGGUUUUGAUCGGGUUAAACCAUCAUUGUUCCUCUCGUUAAACCAAACUAUCUACUUUAAACAACGUAGAUCACCUUCACAAAUCAUAUCAUAGGUUCAUAUACACAUUCAUCUUUGAUCCUAGCGCUUAUUAAUCUUAUUCCUUUCAUCAUCAUGAUUUACACUCAUUAUGUACCUUUUGAGUCUUUGUACAUAUCAGAUUAGUUAGUCUCACACCAUUACAUGUGCUUAGAUCGAUGUUUCAAGUAUCUAUCCAAAGUCUUGACGAACACAUUCACAUAUUUGUUUCAGGCCAUAUGUUUUCUAUGUCUGCCACAAAUCCGAUCUGAUAAAGUUUUGUUGAUCAAAUAGUCAUUCACUUGAUAUAAAUAGCUAGUUAGUUAUUACUUACAUCUAAUGCUACGUAGACAUGUAUCCAACACUUUCCUCUUUCUCUCUUUUGGUCUCUCUCUGCUUUUAUCACAGUGGGUGCCAUAGUCCGUCCAUAAAUAUGGACCUCCAACAAUGCAAUUCUUCCCUUUUUCCCCUCUUAAUCACAUUCUCAUACAUUUUAGGAGAUUAUCUUUUCCACUUGUCCUUCAUUUUUUUGGUUCAACAUUAAACCAUAAUGUCAACUAUUUCUCCGGUUUUCUCAUGUGAACCGGGUCUAACGGCCCCUGUCCAAGCUUCUGAAAGCGGGUUCACUUCAUGGGACAUUUCACAUCUCUUCUCGUUCCUCGACUCGUCAUCAACGAAUAUAAUACCGGACUCGGCUAGUGAGUACCUAAGGCCUGGUUCGGUAAACCGGACUGGUUCAAACGUUGAUCUGGCUGACUGUACCGAUGAGAGGAGAAAGAAACGGAAGUCAUUGAACCGGGAAUCAGCUAAGCGGUCAAGGGUGAAGAAACAAAAGCACUUGGAUGAGAUAAGUAUCCAGCUAAACCAGCUCAAGAUUCAAAAUCGGAAACUGAAGAAUCAGCUCCAGUACAUUUAUUACCAUUGUCAGCGAACAAAGAUGGAGAAUGAUCGUCUACGUCUGGAGCACCGUAUGCUCCAUGAUACCUUGUUAAACGUCAGACAAGUUUUGAUGCUUUGUCAGAUCGAAUCAGUGCCGGUCCGGAUAUAUAUGGUGCCUAAAGCGCAAUAAAAAAAUGAUGCCCCCAAACUAUAACUAAUUUUGUUAUAUGUAUUAAAUAUGGAAUUUAAUGAUACAAAUAUUAUUGAAAUUUAGUUAUUUCUCAAAGAAAAAAACAUUAGUACAUUAUUCCUAAAAGAUAAUCAUUUUUAUUUUUUUCUUAUGUGUAAUCAUAUCAACUUUGAAUAAUAAGUAUUUUUACUAAUUCGUACUUUAUUGAUAGCAUAGACAAUCUAUAUAAUGGUUUAGAUAAACAUUUUAAAUUAGAAAUUAGAAACACAACAAUACAAUACAUAUGAUAAAAGAAUAAAAAAAUAGAUAACAAUUAUUAUUUAAUCAAAUUUUGCUUCUUCUUUUUGGCAUGGAUCAAAUCAGUAUGCAGAUUUUUAUUGAGUUUAUCUUAGAAUCUCAUAUGUAAAAAUAGUUUUCUAUUUGUUUGGUUUUCAGGAUUUAAAGUAUAUAUAUAUAUAUAAGCUUAGGAAAAAACCGGAAAAAUAAAGAAAAGAGAACCAUUAAGAUUGGAAGAUUAAGAGAGACACCUAUUCCAAUAUAUAAAACAAGUAACAAUGGAAGAUGUAGUUUUGUCAAAAAAAAAAAAAAAACAAUGGAAGAUGUAGUUUUUAUGGCAGGAGGAAGAAAAAGAUGCUGAAAACUGAGGAGAGAACGUCAACUCCUAGGGUUAGGAUAAUAAUUACUUAUUAUUUAAUUUGUGUUAGUUUCUAUACUUUUAUCAUUUAUUAUAAUAUAUAGGCAUAUAAGUAAUUAAAUUGUUUGAAAAAAGUGAUCGUAAUCUAAUAUCAAAUCUUUUUACUUAUUGUGAUUACCAAAAAAUAGGAAAAAGCAAAAAAACAAAGGUGUUGAGGGCAGAGGAAUUCGAAUUGCAAUUUCCAACACAGGAGAAAACACGCCACGAACACUACCACUGAACCAAAGAGAUUUCAUUAUAUUUAAUGGCGCCCAUAAAGUGUUAAUAGUUUUUGGCGCCCAAAGCCCUUGUUUUGUGGGCUUUAGCCCAGGGCCAGCCCUGGAUCGAAAGUAGCUCGGAAUGUGCUACUUGGUCUUACGAUAACAGUACUGUUGUUACGGUCCAGCAGGAUCCGUCGGUUAUAACAAAUCAUGUUAUAGUUUGAGAUUCUUUUAGAUAUUUCGACUGUCAGUAAAACGAGAACACCUUUGUAAACAAGUUUUUUAAGAAACUGCAUGGAUCUGUAGUAUCGUUAACAUAUUAAAUAUCGCUUUUUUAAUCUGUUUAUAUAAUUAACUAUAUUGUCGUGUUUAAACUUUUUUGACAAAGAAAGGGUUACUUGCAGAUUGUGUCGAGAACGUUUUUCAUUCACCUGGUUCUUUUCUCCAGUCUUUCUUUUAGUAACUUUUGUUGAGAUAUUGUUUUUAUUUAAUUAAGACAUUUUCAAGAAUUAUUACAACUGAAUUAGAUGAUAAUCAUUUUAAACAUUUGAAGUUAUAUAAACUUCGUCUAUCGCAUUAAGGUGUCAUCAAAUCCUGAUCAUCAUUCAUAUAAGAUGAUUUUGAAUUUUAGCUCAAUGAACAAAGAACUAUGUCAAUAUAAUUAACCAUAUUUCAAGCAUGAAAAUCUAAUAAAUCAUUCAAGAAACAUUUAGUUGGUUUACAUGAGAUUCCACAGCUAGCUUUCUAGUUAUUAAAUGACGUGUGCGACGAUGAUAUCUUGCAUAUUUACAUUGUUUUCU